AUGGAAGACAGUGAGCUGCAGCUGGUGCGGAGGCCCAGCGAGACUUUGUGGGUAGAAAGCAGCCACUGCGAGUUCACCAAAGAAGGCAAUUGGAAGCGAAAGGGGGGGGGCGGUGGUGAUCGAUGUAUAGCAGAGACUGUGUUCAUGGUGAUGUACGCGGAAGACAAUGGAGAGAUCUUGACGGCAUUGGCCGGCGUGUCAGCAGGAGGCCACACAAGCCAUGCGGACGUCUCCUGGGGUCAACACAUGGAGGCCGCCGUGGUCGCAAGAGCGCGGAUGUUCCCCGAGACGGCCUGUAGGAAGGGAGGGCGUCGUUUCCUGAAGUUUCAGAGUGCCAAUUCGCGUGCUUUGCGGUUUCAAUUCGUAGAAUGUGAGACAGGUGCGAUGGAUUGUGCCUGCCUCAAGGGCUUGCGCAAGCUGGCGGAUUCAGUUGGAUGUGGCAACGCAUUAGUACCACCGCCGCCGCCGCCGCCCUUGCCCUUUGAAGGACACACCUCUUCGAGCUCCAAGCCACCGCCAUUGGUCCCGCCCAACCAGUGCUGCACGGCGAUCGGACCUGGAGCCCCAUCGGGCUUGUGUCGAAUCGGUUUGCAGGGUGACCUGCUGGUUCUCGGCAGUAAGGACACAGGCCGUGUGCUUUGUGCGCGACUCUUGGCCGGAGCAACCAUCACUGUUCAUGGCCACGACAUUUGCAUAAGUGGCAAAUCCAUUGCACCCUUGCGGUUGCAGGCGCAUUGUUUCAUCGGCUUCGGGCCUUCCGAUGGGCGCGGCAACUCCAUGAUGCCUCCCACCUUUGGGGCAAACGAGAGGCACUGA